UUUUUUUUAAAUAACAAAUAAAAUCAUAUAAAUAAUCGCCAAUUUCAUUUAAGUCUAUACAAAUUGUGAGAAAUAUUUGUGAAAUAUCAAUUUCAAGUUUUAUUUCGAAGAGGACAUCUAAGCAGAAAAAUAAUAAUUAAAAAAAAGAUGAAAUCUUUUACUCUACUACUUUUGUGCGUUGGACUUUUUGUCUUAGUCGUCGAAGGUGAUCGACGAUGUUCAGACGAAGGUGGAUUGUGUGGCAACGAUCGUCAAUGCUGUCGUGAUCUUCAAUGUAAUGUGAGGGGAAGAUGUGAAAGAAGACAAAAUUGUCUUCAAGAGACACAAGGAUGCCUAAACGAUCGUCAAUGUUGUCGAAAUCUUCGAUGUGAUGAUAAACAAAAAAGAUGCGUAAGGAGAAUCAUUAUUAUUGGAAUAUGCCGACGAGAGGGACAAAUUUGCCGAAACGAUCGACAAUGCUGUCGGAAUCUUCUAUGCAAUGACAGGGAAAACAAAUGUGUGAGAAGAGGCAGUCCUGAAGAUUGCCUUCGAGAGACACAAGGAUGUCAGAAUGACAGACAAUGUUGUCGUAAUCUUCGCUGCAAUAAAGAAAAGAGAUGUGAAAGGCGAAUGUGAUGAGACAUUGAAUUUUACCAAUCAAUUUUGUUCACGACUGGAUGGCUUAAUGUUGGUCAAAUACAUCAAAAAGUGAAGAAACUUCAAAAUUCAAAUAUUAAAAAAAUAAUUUAAAA